CACAGUCAGUGGGGCAAAGUAGGAAACCUCUGUUUCGCCUGUUCUAAUAGUUUUUUUCUUAACCUGUUCAUCUUAUAAUACGUACGAAAUAAUCAACCUCAACCGUAUUUUUACCAAUUAAGUACUCAACACUACUCGAGUGAUAUAUCAUAAACCACAAAUGAAACGGUAUCCUUCGUUUCAAGAAAAAUAUCGAAGCGGGUGUCUCUUUUCACCGCUACGAAGUUGCUAGGCGCUGUUUGUUUUUGUUCCCGAACUGAAAGGACUGAACUUUUUGAAAAAGUUUUCUCGGUUUGACGUUAAUAGCUUUAAUACUCUCCCUACAUCAGCUUAACCUGGAGAACAUUCCGUCCGUUGUCCAGUGUCGUCCUCCUUUGCCCAGGACGGAUACACGCAAGUUUAAAGUUGUCGGAAAGCAGACAUGACAUAUCGAGUAGUGUGGCUGGCUGGCUAACGUUAGCCAGCUAGGGUAAUUAGCUUAGCCACCUAGCUAGAAGCCUUUUUAGUGAGUCAUGUUCUGUCAGAUGGCUUCAGUGUGUCGCCUCAGUUGGCGAGAAAUCAGAUUAUGAACAGAAAACUUCGUAAAUGAAGGUUUAACGGCGCUUGGUCAUGUUUAGACCCUUAAACUGAAUAGCCAGGUUAAAUUAGUUUAAAUAAACAGCUGGCUAAGUUACCCGAAACACCUCACUUUACAGAGAGACUAGGUUAUGGUGGUCUCUCCGAAGAUGGAGCAGUAUCAUGUAUUGGAGAUGAUAGGAGAAGGGUCAUUCGGGCGAGUGUACAAAGGUCGCAGAAAGUUCAGUGGACAGGUCGUAGCUCUCAAGUUCAUCCCCAAAGUUGGGCGCUCGGACAAAGAGUUGCGGAGCUUGAAGAGAGAGAUUGAGAUCAUGCGAGGCCUCAGGCAUCCCAAUAUAGUUCUGCUGCUGGACAGCUUUGAGACAGAGAGGGAGGUGGUGGUUGUGACAGAGUACGCAGAGGGCGAGCUGUUUCAGAUCCUCGAGGAUGAUGGCAGCUUACCUGAGAGCCAGGUGCGCGAGAUAGCUUGCCAGCUGGUAUCGGCCUUGUAUUACCUCCACUCUAAUCGUAUAUUACACCGCGACAUGAAACCACAGAACAUCCUUCUGGGCAAAGGAGGAGUAGUGAAGCUCUGUGACUUUGGAUUUGCACGUGCCAUGAGCGUGUCCACUCUGGUGUUGACGUCCAUCAAAGGCACCCCUCUGUACAUGUCUCCGGAGCUGGUGGAGGAGAAACCGUAUGACCACACGGCUGACCUGUGGUCCCUGGGCUGCAUCCUCUAUGAGCUCCACACGGGGGCGCCUCCGUUCUACACUAACUCCAUCUUCCACCUCGUUCAGCUUAUUGUCAAGGACCCUGUCAAGUGGCCAGAGAACAUGAGCGAGGGCUGCAUGAGUUUCCUGAAAGGUCUAUUAACUAAAGACCCCCAGAAGAGGCUGGCCUGGCCUGACCUGCUUAAGCAUCCUUAUGUAGCAGAUGGAGUCAUAGUGUUAUCAGACGAAGGGUCCAGCAGUCCCCUGACUGUAACGCCCAGUCCAGACGUACAGGCUUUAAAGCAACAGCAGGCCGUGGCGAAAUCAGUGCCCCGCAGUGGAGAGGGCAAGCUACUGCGCAGAGCCAAAGAGCAGCGAGAUAAGGGGCGCAGGAACAGACAGGACCUCACAGAGAACGGGAAGGCAGUUUGUAGCAGCCAGCCUCGCUCCAAAACUGCCCCGGCUGGAGAGGCCCCCACCAGCGGCCGUUCAUUGGGCAGCACCUUUACAGUGUGUCGAAAUUCAGCUCAUCCAGCAGCCAAUCAGCAUCAAGCAAAUGACAUUGGUGUUGCCAGGGUGCGCUCGGCUUCAUGUAAAGGCCCUAUCAGCAUGGACUAUGAGAGAGAGUUCCCUUCAGUGGAGGUGGGACCCAGACAGUUGUUGAGACGUUCUGGACCUGGACACUCCGGCCUGGCAUCUGUUAGGAUGGACAGUGAUGAGCAAGAUGCUGACAGCGAUGAAGAAUGGCAGCGAUUGGCUGAAGUGACAGAUUGGGCCAAUCAUAUGUCUGUCCCUGUGGACCCUCCCAUCCAUCAGAAGCUGAAGAGCAAGCUCCUCAGAUCCAAGGACCAGGCAAACUCAAACUACUCUAUCCUGAGAGAGACACUGGAAGAGCCGUCCAGCAUUGUUCACGUUUUAAAGAUCCUCAGUAACAUCACCCUGACCUCUGAUCCUGCUGAUUCCAGGAGAGUUUGUGAAGAGCUGGAGCUGCCACAGUUUUUAUUUAGUUUGAUUGAGGAGAUGCAUAGCAGUCCUGAAGUAAUGAAGAAGCCGUGGAGUGAGAGGAUCGUGGGAGAGCUGAUGGCUGUUCUUCUGACGAGCUGGGAGAAGAACCCUGAGUGGAUAAUAAAGGAGAAGAGAGCUGAGGAUCUAUGCCAGCUGUUCAUGUCAGUAUUCCUCCGUCCUGACCCAAACUGUUUGGCACCACUAGCAGCUGCCGUUGUUAGCCUUUUUGCCCACCAUGGAGUCUGUGUAAAAGUGCGGCUGGACAGACUGACGUCUCUUCUGGAUUGUCUACUGUCAGGCCCAGAGGAGUCUUAUCACCCCUUACCUGCUGGCUGGGGCAUGUGCGAUGGUGUCCUUGCAUUAAUUCUCUACUGUCUCACUGAGAGUGAAAGCUGUGCCCUCUCUGAUUGUCUGAACUUCGAACUUUGGUGCCACCUAUGGACUAAAGUUGGCACCACACUACAAAACACAACAUCCAAAACUGAAUCUCUCUCCACUACUGGUCUCUACAUCUUCUUGUCUCUUGCUCUGUUUGCCUUCUCCAAUGAGCCUUAUGACUGUGUGGCGCUUUUUUUUGACGACGACAAAAACCUCACUCGAACUCUGAGCCUUCUGUUGACUACUGACAGAAGCUCGACAGAGCUGAAAAGGGGUCUCUUGUGGGGCAGCUCUGAUAUGAGCAGCCUAUCCGUGAUGAGCUGCCACCUACUCUGCUUUCCGUUUGCUUUGGAACUGCCCCAAGAGAAAAUGACGGAAAUUCUCCACUCAUAUCAAAGCCUGAAUGUAGUGACAGGUUUAGUUCAGGUGAUACAGACCCUGCCUCUGGCUCUUUUGGAACUUCCUCUUUCUUUGUUAUGUCGUCUUUGCCUCUCCUCCCCUCAGGGUGCUGUUCCUAGCUUCACCAAGGCAGCUCGGGCCUCUGGCUUUCUCCCCCAGAGUGCAGAGGCAGAGCAAAUCCUAAAAUCAUCUAGCAGCCUAGGAAGAGUCUGGACCAUGGUAGAGGAGAUGGGGGUUUGUCUUAGGGUGUCAGAAGUCAAAGGUCAGUCUCCUGAGCCUGCAGUUAGGACAGCAAGUUCUCUGCUGUCCAUGCUGUUGCAGAGUGAUUCCUUAUGUGGAUGUGCCAUGCAGCUUCUCACCCUGCUGUCUCAGACGGCUUGUUGUCCAGCUGCCUUCGCUCUACCUGUAGACCCAGCCCUGCUGAGAAUAGCCCUCAGUCACUGUGACGACGGGGUCCGAGCUGCAGCCUGCAGUCUUCUUGCUCAACUAGAGCCACACUGGGGCCAUUAUUCCACCAAUGGAAUGAAGGCAAGCCCCAACUGGACCACAGAACCAGCCCUGUUCCAGGACCUUCUAAGCUGCCUGACUGACCCUGCGCCAUCUGUACGCAGAGUUGCUUGCAAGGCUGCAGAGAGGUGGCUAAGCCUGAUGGGACAGACAGAAUUCAAGGGUCUUCCCAAAAGAGACCAGCACUUGCAGGAAGGUCCCGGGACCAAAAAGAGGACAGCUUGUGUCCCGGCUGGAAAAGGCAGAGGUAAGAGGAGUGUGGAAGUAGAGGGGAUUAGACAAGGGGGAACAGGAGAUACUGGCUCUUCUUUAAGGCCUGUGGGCCCUUAUGUGGAGGGGGAGGAGUGGGUCAAGGUUGCCAUGGGAGCGGCUUGUCCCACAGUGUCUCUUCUCUCGGACUCCGACGCUGUCAUCCGCCGCCGUGCCUGUGUCAUCUUGGGCAACAUGGCUGUCGUGGGAGGAGGCGACAGGGCACUGAUUAGUGCAGACGCUCCUCGUCAGGUCUUGCGCGUCGCCCGCGGCGACUCCCAUCAUGCAGUGCGGCGUCAGGCCUUGGCCACCCUGUGUGCGUUUGGUCAUCUGGAGACAUUGCAGCAGGCUCUGAAGUCCAUUGAUGCUGGACUUAAACUCCACCACGCAUCCCAGGGUUCUUCACUUCCGCGCAAUUACAGAUGACCUGUCAGCCAACUGGAAGGGCUGAGUGGAGGCAAAACAUAACAUGGACUCAACAAGGGGAUGAAUUGUGUGGAAUUAUUAGUAUAAUGUUAGUGGAAUGUCUGAAGUGUGUUCCAGGGUGGAUGUCAUUCCGAAUGACCUUCAUUUCAAUGAAUGGGUCUGCACUGCACUCUUUUGUUUUGGGUUAUUUUUCCCUAGACCUGGACAUAGAUUAAGCCCAGAUUAACUCUUAAACUAAACAUUUUCCGUAACUAUGUAAUUUAGACCAAGACUAGAGACUAGAGCUGUUAAAGUACAGGUUUAGCAGUAACUGGUGUGGAGCUGUUUCUCACUUUUGCACAGAAUCUUGGAAGUCUUAGUAAAAGGCUACCUGGAAAAAAGCUGCAGACACUGAUAUAAAAUAGGCACAUUUCAGUACGAAUUAGUUUUUGGCUGUCCUGCCAGAUUUGUCUGAACACACUAUAAUUGUUCUGUAUUUCAUUUCAUUUUUUUAUGAUAUUGGAAUUUUUAAAAGCAAAUUUUUGUCCACUUUAAUUUAUUCAGACUGUGAAAAUAAAAUUUUGUAAAACUGUACACAUUCAAAUAAAUAAUACUUGGAAAGCA